UGGAGGCUGGAGCCACAAGGCUCUAGAGCAUUCCACGGCCUCCCCCUCCCGCGACUGCCUACACAAAAGCAAGCAACGCCGCGUUGCGUUCCCCCCACCGUACCCCGGAGUUCGCGCCGCUCGCUGGCACCUUCGUCCUCCUCCGCUUCGCCCAAAACCCUAAACCCCUCGCUCUUCGCUGGUCGCUCUCCGUCACCCCGCCAUGGCGGCAUCGCUGCUUCUCCGAGCCGUGCGCCGCCGAGACCUCGCGUCGCCUCUCGGCACCCUGACUGCUAACGUCCAAUCGACUUUUGCUGCAAACGUGUGCUCAAGAUGGGGUAGUCUUGCCAGAACUUUCAGUGCAAAACCAACUGGACAUGAGGUUAUUGGCAUUGAUUUGGGGACAACUAAUUCAUGCGUUUCUAUUAUGGAGGGAAAGAACCCAAAAGUGAUUGAGAACUCAGAAGGCACCAGGACAACACCGUCAGUUGUUGCAUUUUCUCAGAAGGGAGAGCUACUCGUGGGAACUCCAGCCAAGCGUCAAGCAGUGACCAACCCACAGAAUACUUUCUUCGGCACAAAGCGUAUGAUAGGAAGGCGCUUUGAUGACCCGCAGACACAGAAGGAGAUGAAAAUGGUUCCAUAUAAAAUUGUGAAGGCUCCAAAUGGAGACGCUUGGGUUGAAACUACAGAUGGCAAGCAGUAUUCACCGAGCCAGAUUGGUGCAUUUGUUCUGACCAAGAUGAAGGAAACAGCUGAAUCUUACCUUGGCAAGUCUAUUACCAAGGCUGUGAUUACUGUUCCAGCUUAUUUCAAUGAUGCUCAGCGGCAGGCCACUAAGGAUGCUGGCCGUAUUGCUGGACUUGAUGUCGAAAGGAUCAUUAAUGAACCAACUGCUGCUGCUCUUUCUUACGGGACUAACAACAAGGAGGGUUUGAUAGCUGUAUUUGACCUUGGAGGAGGAACCUUUGAUGUCUCCAUUCUAGAAAUCUCCAAUGGAGUGUUUGAGGUCAAAGCAACAAAUGGUGAUACUUUUCUGGGUGGAGAAGACUUCGAUAACACCCUACUGGAGUUUCUAGUGAGUGAGUUCAAAAGAACUGAAGGCAUUGAUCUGUCAAAGGAUAGAUUAGCUCUGCAGAGGCUGCGUGAAGCAGCUGAGAAGGCAAAAAUUGAACUCUCAUCAACAACCCAGACUGAAACCAAUCUCCCAUUCAUCACGGCUGAUUCCUCUGGAGCAAAACAUUUGAAUAUCACAUUGACAAGAUCAAAGUUUGAAUCUUUGGUGAAUAAUCUGAUUGAGAGGACUAGAGACCCAUGCAAGAACUGUUUGAAGGAUGCUGGUAUAACUACUAAGGAUGUUGAUGAGGUCCUUCUUGUUGGUGGAAUGACAAGGGUUCCGAAAGUGCAGGAAGUGGUUUCUGAAAUCUUUGGUAAGGCCCCUAGCAAAGGAGUCAACCCAGAUGAAGCUGUGGCCAUGGGUGCUGCUAUUCAGGGUGGCAUUCUCCGUGGAGAUGUGAAGGAGCUUCUUCUCCUUGAUGUUACCCCUCUUUCACUUGGUAUUGAGACUCUUGGUGGUAUCUUCACCAGAUUGAUUAACAGGAACACUACAAUUCCCACAAAGAAGAGUCAGGUGUUCUCAACUGCUGCUGACAACCAGACACAAGUGGGUGUUCGUGUCUUGCAAGGUGAGCGUGAGAUGGCAUCAGACAACAAACUCCUUGGCGAGUUUGAUCUCGUUGGCAUUCCACCUGCACCAAGAGGCAUGCCACAGAUCGAGGUCACAUUCGACAUUGAUGCCAACGGGAUCGUGACAGUCUCUGCAAAGGAUAAGGCAACUGGAAAGGAGCAGCAGAUCACCAUCCGAUCCUCUGGCGGUCUUUCUGAGGCCGAGAUCCAGAAGAUGGUCCAGGAGGCUGAGCUGCACUCCCAGAAGGACCAGGAGCGGAAAGCUCUCAUCGACAUCAGAAACACCGCGGACACGACGAUCUACAGCGUGGAGAAGAGCCUGGGAGAGUACAGGGACAAGGUUCCCGCAGAGGUCGUGUCUGAGAUCGAGACAGCCAUCUCUGACCUCCGCACCGAGAUGGCCUCGGAUGACAUCGAGAAGAUCAAGUCCAAGAUCGAAGUGGCCAACAAGGCAGUCUCGAAGAUUGGGCAGCACAUGUCUGGUGGCGGCGAGGCUAGUGGCCCGCCGUCAGGAUCGCAGGGUGGAGGCGACCAGGCUCCGGAGGCCGAGUACGAGGAGGUCAAGAAGUGAAGUGCCACUUUAGCUGACUCUUUAUCUGCGUGUUAGAGAUAGAUAAUCUUGAUGAACCCCGAGAUAGUAGGAUCGCGCGUCCUGUAAUAAGUUUCUAUGUUUUUCUGUCUAACGAACAAGUUAAGCCUCACGGGGACCAAGAGGUUGGGUACAUGUUCUUAAGGGGAAGCUAGGGGGUGAUCCCCGUUAUCCCUGCUGCCACAUUCCAUGAGAUAAAUUUAUCCUGUCUAUAUGCAUCGCUUUAGAUUGCACUUUGGUAAUUUGCUCGCUUCAGACUCAACAUGCUGGUGAUGUAGAACGGGGCAAAGUGUAAUGUAAAUUGGGGUGUGUGAUCAAA